AUGCAGCACUUCGGCAUGGACCAUUGGAAGGCUGCCAAGCACCUUCUUCGCUACAUCAAGGGCACCUUGUCCUACAUCAUCAAGUACGCCGCCACUGGCGACACCAGCCACGGCAGCGCUGCCGACGGCGUGCUCUCAGCGUACUCGGAUGCGUCCUUUGCCUCCGACGUUGACACGCGACGUUCCCGCACGGGCUUCGUCGUCUUCUGUUCCACGGGCCCCGUGUCCUGGAACUCCAAGCUGCAGGCCACCGUGGCCACAGCCUCCGCCGACGCGGAGUACAUGGCUCUCGCAGCCACCGCACAGGAACUCAUGUUCCUUCGCCAACUCCAGGAGGAGCUCACCGGCGCCGUCCUGUGCGAGCCCACGCUCGUCCACACGGACAACCAGCCGGCGCAGCGCGUUGCCGAACACGCCGCCUCACGCAUGCGGCACAUCCUCGUCAAGUACCACUACAUCCGCGAGUGCGUUGACACCAAGAGGAUUGUGCUGAGCUACCUCGCCACGGAGCACAUGAUCGCAGAUCUCCUCACGAAGAUCCUCCCUCGGCCCAAGACGGCUCAGUUCUGCACGAUGCUGUUCGACCAGCGUCCUCUGCCAGGCUGCCAGCCACGGGCCCGUCCUCAUUCGGGCCGAACAUCAACGCAGCAGAGAGGAUGGGCCCGGCUCAAGGACCACUACGCUUCGCAGGACCGCCUCCGCAUCGCAGAGCUCAAGGAGGCGCAGCUUCACGUUCCCUGCGGCAACCUCGCCCGCUUCUUCGAGCGACACAUGGAGCUGCAGCAGCAGUUGCAGGACGCAGGCGUGCGCCAGGACAACGAGGACCUCUUCACCAUCGUCUGGAAGCAGCUGCCACGCUGGACAGCCCCGCUCACGCUUCCCUACUUUGCCAGUGGCCGCUUUCCCUCCCUCCUCGAGCUCAGCAUCAGGCUGCAGCAGUUGGAGCAGCAGAUGCGUGGUUCACGCACACAGCCGCAGGCAGGCGGCUUCAUGGCAAGCGCACCGCCACGCAGAGGUGGAAGACGCGGCUUCUCCAACAACAGCAACAACCACGGACGCCAGGGACGCAACAACGGCGGCGGUAACGGCAACGGCAACGGCAAGGGGCGCCGCUUCCGUGGCAACUGUCACUACUGUGGCAAGUAUGGACACCGUGCAGCAGAGUGUCGCAAGAAGCAACGCGACAACGGAGCAACAGGCUUCACUGCACAGGCACAGCAUCAACAUGGUCAAGACGCAGCAACCUUCGUCGCUGCCACAGCUACUACACCCACGCAGCUGCAUGACCCACUCACGUGGCUUGCAGACACGGGUGCUUCACACCACCUCACCUUCGUCAAGGACGCCUUCGUGGAGCUGUCACCGCACCUGCAACAGCACCAUCCACGCCACAUCACUGCGUUUGGCGGCACACGUGUGCCCGUGCGCGGUGUUGGCUCUGUGCUGUUGCAUGCACGCACGACGAGCGGAGCUACGAUGCAGAUUGUGCUACAGGAGUGCCUCUACGUGCCCGAGGGCCACGCCAACCUCAUCGCCCUCGGUCGUCUGACUAGGGACAGCAGCGGCAGGCCAACGGGCCACUCGCAGCGUGAUGGCGCUGAUGGGCACUACGUGCGCUUCAGCCACGGAGCCGAGGUCAAGCUGAAGGAGCGCAGCAGCCUCCGAUGCUGGCCCAUUGUUGCUGUUGGUCCAUCCACGGCACACGGACUCACCACCGAUGCCUGCAAGCAACCACAGCAACACGCAGCAGCUCCUGCAGCCCAGAGCAAGGUGCAGACACCAUCGAUGCAUGAGGUGCUUGGCCACCGCAACGACAACGACGUGCAGCAGUACUGCAAGCUGAUGGGCAUCGACGAUCGCAACGCCAUCAGCAGCAAGCAGUGUACAACGUGCGCAGUGACCAAGAGCACUCGUCACAGCGUCAGCAAGCACGCGGAACGCACACAGGACGCAGUUGCCGCGUUCCAGUCUUUCCUGCGCGAGACCAAGCUCCCCAUCUCACCCACAACAACAGCACUCCAGACGGAUUCCGAUGCCAUCUUCCUCGGAGCUGACUUCCAGGCCAUCGUCAAGAAGCACCUGAAGCAGCACCAGCAGUCCCCGCCGUACACCCAGGCGCAGAACGGCAUCGUCGAGCGACAGCACCACCACCAUGAACUUACAACACUUGACGCAUCGUACUGGAGCCUCGCCUGCAACCACGCCCUCCACAUCCUCAACAACAUGCCUCGCCCUUCCCUCCACGGCAAGACACCGCUACAAAUUGUCACGGGCUCGCUGCCCAAGCACGUGCCACAGCUGCACGUCUUCGGGCAGCCGGCCGUCGUCCACAUCAGCACACAGCGCGGACGCCUGCAGCCCAAGGGUCGUCGAGGCAUCUACGUCGGCUACAACAGCAGCAGCAACAGCCACCUCGUCUACUUCGCAGACACAAACACCGUUGUGUCCUCCAUCCACGUCCGCUUCCUUCCCUUCUCCAAGGCCGAUGAUGUCGUGGAUGAGGGGGAGGAGCAAGUGCAGACAUCCACAACAUCGUCCAUGCUCCAGCUUCCCAGUGCACGUGACAGCAGCAACAGCACCACUGACGGUGAGCCACCAACGGUUCACAUCGACGAGGAGCAGGACGAGGAUGUCGAGACAGACUUCCUGCUCACGGACUUUGACACCAACAGCAGCAGCGACACCAACGACGCCAACUACGACCCCGACACAACAGAUGCAAGCGACACCGAGGCAGGCGCGUUCACAGCAAGCAGCAGCGACCACACCAGCCUCACGGAGCCUGCAAGCAUCAAGCAGGCACUUAAGAGCCAGCAACGCAAGCAGUGGACUCAGGCAUGCUUGGAGGAGAUCGGAGCGAUGGAGCGCAACGGCGUCAUCAAGCUCAUCCCACGCAGCGCCGUGCCACGGCAGCACACGCCUCUCAAGUCGCGCUUCAUCUUCAAGGUGAAGCGUGACGCUGAGGGCGCGCCGACGCGCUUCAAGGCACGCUGGGUCGCCAAGGGCUUCAGCCAGCGACCGGGCAUCGACUUCCACCAGACCUACGCCCCAACACCAACAGCCAAGACCAUCCUCACUGUGCUCGCCGUCUCCCUGCAACGACAGCACCAGCUGCACCAGCUCGACUUCAAGUCGGCUUACCUGCAGGCUGAUCUCAAGGAGGAGCUGUACAUGGAGCUGCCGCCGCACUUCACCGACAUCGGCGACGGCGCUCAACGCUACGCGGGCAAGGUGUGCCGGCUGCUCAAGCCGCUCUACGGUCUCAAGCAAGCUGGCCGUGCAUGGGCCAAGAAGCUGCACACCUUAAUCAAGACCAACGGAUGGGCGCAAAGCAACGUCGACGCUUGCCUCUUCACCAAGCUCCACGACGACGGACAGCGCACAUGGAUCAUCACGUACGUCGACGACCUCAUCAUCAGCGGCAGCAGCGAGCGCCACAUCCGUGCCUGCAAGCAGCAGAUCAAGGAGAGCUUCGAGGCUGAGUGUUGA